GUUUGUGCCCUAAACCCACAGAAAAGAAGGGAAAACAUCAAUCCUCCGUUCUCUGACUCACUCGCAAGCUGAGCUCUUCUUCGAAGCGGAGGAAACUCUACAAAUUUAGGGUUAUUAACUUCAAUUGAAAGGUAUGGCGCACGAUAUGCAGACGGGGGUGAAGAAGAGGAAAUUUGGGCAUGGGAAUCCUAAAUUUCAAAAUACCAGAAAAGGUAAGAAAUUCCAAAGAGGAGGUUCAGGUCAAGAUGAUGUUAGGGCUAAGAAAAUGGACCCCAAAACGAAGAAGUUUUUCCAGAAAAGGAUUAGAGAUUAUAAUUCGGAUGAUGACGAUGGUAGUCAUGAGGAACAAGAAAAGGUACAUGGAGAUGCAGCGGGGCCGGUAGUACGGAAGUAUGAGAGGGUAAAACGGAAGAAUGAGAAGGCAGGUGGGACGGGAAUGGAUUUUUCAGAUGAUGAGAUGGAUGAGAAGGAGGAAGAUAGUGGGGAAGAGAUUGAGGUGUCAGAGGAUGAAGAUGGUGAAAUUCAGCCUGGGGUCUUGAGAUUUUCAGAAGGUUGUAAAGCAUUUCGGUUGGCUUUCAAGAAGCUCACAAAGAAAACUGGUUCAGCUGAUGAGGACAUUCUGGGUCCUGUAUUGAAAGACCAGAAGAAACUAGUUGCAGAAAAGCUUGCUGAAGUAGAUGCAGAGCAAAAGAUUAAGAGUGUAGCAAAGAAGAAAAAGCAUCUGGUAGGAGAGAAGGGGCAUGUAAAGCUAGUUAAUUUGGAUUCACAUGAAAAGUCUCUUAUAGGAAUUGCCACAAAGGGAGUGGUCAAGCUGUUUAAUGCUGUCAAUAAAGCACAACAUGCGCAGAAAGGACUAAAUCCAGGGAGAUUUAAGGAUGAAAAAGUGAUAAAGAAGCGUAGAAAGGAAGCCUUUUUCUCAGCAUUGGGCCAGUCUUCUUCCAAACAAGUUGGAUCCCAGCCGAAGGUUGAUUCAUCUUCUGGCACUGGUUCUGCUGAUGCUCCUGCAUGGGCACCACUGCGCGAUAAUUACAUGCUAGCAAACUCGAAGAAGAAAGACUGGGACAAGAUGCAAGAAACAACAACGGAUGCGGAUGACUUUGGAUUGCCGGCAGGUGCAGAUAGUUCUUCCGAUGAUGAUGAAUAGAUAAAAGUUGUAUCAAAGUACACGUAUUGAAGGCAAUUUCAGGCAUCUCAGAGCAGGCAUGUAUAGAUGUAGGAUAUAUCAACGAAGCUAUUCCAAUCCCUUUCUGGCAUUUCAACCUCGUACUUAUUUGUUGGCUCAUGAGUUAUUUUUUGACCAUCAGGAUGGAAAAUUUUGAGUUAUUACAAAUAUGUUGAGGUCAACUAUUACAGAAAAAUCUAACAUGCCUACAAUAUAACAAUCUUCGAAGCCAUUUUCAUUACAAAAAGAAGCUUAUUGACUGAAAGUUGUUUCAAGAAAACAAAAAGGAAAAAAAAAAGGUUUUACAUGGUGCAAGCAUUUUACUUCAAAAGUAAGAGCUUGAUCCAUAAAAAUGAAAGAGGUGCUUGAAUUUUUGGAACUUACUACACUUCUAUUCCUAUCAAACUAAAAUUUUGACAUGUUUUUAGAAUGGAGGGAGAUGUACAUUUUGUGCAUAACAAAAGGCAGCGGGGGACCAACCAAGCCGUACUCUCUACAAGGGAAAAUAAUAAAAAACAAUGCAAGUUGUUAAAUGACCACAAAAUAUCUCAAAAUUUCUGAAUAGAUUUUACACUGUAAUAGGAUAUGCUUGCAAAUUUUUCAUCUUUUUUUGGGUCUGAAGGAGCUGCCUGUAUGUGAAAGAUGAAACAAACCUUUCAUCUCGGGAUAUCUGAUGCCUAUAUGCCUUCAGGAAUGACUAAAGUUUGCGUGUAAAGCUCAUUACCGGCUCGAACCUUGCGCCCUCACUUGGAUGGCUAAAAAACUUUGGUGUGCAUUGUUGUUCAAACUAGACCUUUUCUUUAAUCAGAUACGAUUGAUAUACAAUGAAUGGUUCUGAUGAUAUGGCUUCCUUUCAAUGGUUUCUUUUGGCUUUUGAUUGAACUAGCUAGACUCAAAAUUAGGAACAGAAUCCUGAUCACUCUCCUAGACAUUUUAUCAGACGUGUGAUUCUGCAAGACCUUCAGAGGGAUGGACCUUACGUUCAGAUCUGUUCCUACUCAUCAUUCUCUUUACAGAUUCACCCACAGUCGACAAUGACGACGACGACGACACUGGAGCUGUCUGAUCAUCUGUUGCGCCCCCAUUUUCAUUCUCUGCAUUUGGAACCUCAAUUAUGAUCUCCAUUCUUAAGGCUUCCCCAUCAUUGAAGUCCCUCUCUGUUGUUGCUGUUAUUUCUUGAUCCACAGCCUUGUGGCCGUCGUCCUGACCCAUUGGCGGUACCGGGCAUGAUCGACAAAUGGGACAUGUUGAAUGAGAAUCAAACCACAUAUCAAUACAUUCCACAUGAAAUGCAUGGCUGCAAUUAGGAAGUUUCCUGACAAUCUCUUCAUCUUCAAACACACUCAAGCAUAUAGCACAAUCAGUCACCUCAUCCUUAGUACUACUCUUACUAUUGUACACAAACAUGGGUAUUGAAGAAAUGGCUGAUGGUUCAAGACCUUUAGUAGGGGAAAUGGAGAAAGUCGAGUCGAUGGCGAAGGAAUGGAAGUGAUGGAAUCUACUGCUAGCUCUUACUAGUUGCGGAACCAGAACAGACCUUGUUCUGCUUCUUUGACGGGCUCGAAAUAGGAACCAUUUCGCAUAUAUAUGGAGGAGUAACACAAAGAGGAUCACCACCAGUAAAGAGAUGAUUGCUGCCAGCAUGAUGUUACUGUCGUGAGAAAGAAAGCUAUGAAUUAGUUUGUCGAAUGGGUUAUUACUAUUAUUGGAUGCUCUGGUUGAUGGAUCAGAUACUGGUGAAUUGAACAUGAUGGGUUAUUAUUAGUACCAAAAGUAGAUUUGGAAUGGGAGAUUGUAAACACUAUACAGAAGUGAAUAGUGUGGCAAAGUGCCUAAAUAAUGGAACAAAAGAGUUUUGAGAGAUUCACGGAAGAUAUGACGAGGGGAAGGACUCUUUUGAAGAAACCAGGAAACGGGCAUAGGAUCUUGUUUUAAGUCAUGGGGGUGAGGAGAUUUCAGA